AUGAACCUAGUGACGUUCAAGGAUGUGGCUGUGAUCUUUACCAGGGAGGAGUGGGCUUUGCUGGAUCCUUCCCAAAAGAAGCUCUACAGAGAUGUGAUGUGGGAAACCUUUAGGAAUGUGUCUGCUGUAGAAAGAAACCAGGAUGAUCAGAAAAUUGAGGAUGAAUACAAAAGUUGCCGGAGAAAUCUAAGAGUGGCUUUGCAGAAGGGCAUCACAGAGGAGAAACAGUUCGUGUGA